AUGCCCGACUCCACCGAUACCUCCUUGGGAGGCAAACCCACCGAAUACCAAUUCGAGGAUGCGCGCAACGCCCACUAUGACGAGAAGCAUCCCGACCGGGAAUCGGCUGCUGCUAGCCCUCCCUCCUUUGACGGCGUCGAUGAAGCGGCCGUACUGCGCAAGAUGGAUCUUCGCCUGAUUCCCAUGCUCAGUAUACUCUACCUGUUGGCCUUUUUGGACCGAGGCAAUAUUGGUAAUGCCAAGAUUGAGGGUCUGCUGGACGAUCUACACAUGACGGGGCCGCAGUAUAACUGGACAUUGACGGUUUUCUUCUUUACCUACUGCGUUUUCGAGUUGCCCAGUAACCUUCUGUUGAAGAAGUUGAGACCGUCUCGAUGGCUGCCAUUGAUCAUGGUCGCUUGGGGUGUUGUGAUGACCCUCAUGGGUAUCGUUCAAAACUAUGGCGGACUCCUUGCAACUCGUCUCUGUCUGGGCGUUGCUGAGGCUGGUCUAUACCCCGGCGUUGCCUAUUACAUUACUCUGUGGUACCCUCGCCACCGCGCUCAAUUCCGUCAAGCCCUUUUCUUCAGCGCCGCCAGUAUCGCCGGUGCAUUCUCCGGACUACUCGCCUAUGGUAUCGCUAAAAUGGACGGAGUGGGUGGCCUCGCUGGCUGGCGCUGGAUCUUCAUCUUGGAGGGUAUCCUCACCGUCGUCGUGGCUUUCAUUGCCCCAUUCGCGAUUCAUGAUUCCCCCGAAACAGCCAAAUUCCUCACGGAGCAAGAACGCGCAUUCGUGAUCCACGCUUUGCGAGUCCAGAACUCGGCAGACUCGCGUGAGAUGGUUCAGGACGAGUCCAAAUUCCAGAUGAAAUACGUGAUUGACGCUUUCAAGGAUUGGCAGAUUUGGUUGGGACUGUUGAUGUACUGGGGUAUCACCUGCCCUCUCUACGGUAUCUCUUUCUUCCUGCCUUCCAUCAUCAAGGACCUGGGAUACAAGUCUUCGACCGCACAACUACUCACUGUCCCUAUCUACAUCACUGCUGCCAUUGUCGCCGUUGGUGCAGCCUGGUACUCCGACCGCCGCAAGCAGCGCUCUCCCUUCAUCCUGUUCUUCAUGUCUCUGAUCGCCAUUGGCUUCAUCAUUGUGAUCGCAUCCACUGGACGCGGUGUUCCUGGUGUAGUAUACUUCGGAGUAUUCAUUGCAGUCAUCGGCAUCUACCCUGCUUUCCCGGGUAACGUCACCUGGUUGAGUGUCAAUCUUGCCGGUGAUUAUAAGCGCGCAGCUGGAAUGGCUAUCCACAUUGGAAUAGGUAAUCUUGCUGGAGCCAUGUCUUCCAACUUCUAUCGCUCCAAGGACGCUCCGAACUAUAUCCUCGGCCACGCUCUCGAACUCGGCUUCGUGGUCAUGGGCAUGAUUGCAGUUGUCAUCCUGCGACUCUCGUACCAGCGCAUCAACAACAAGCGCGAUCAAAUCGAUCCUUCGGAGUAUCCGAGUGACCCAGAUUCGCUCGGCGAUAGGUCCCCUCUGUUCAGGUAUAUGUUGUAA